GGAAAGUACUUUAACAUAACAGCUUUAAAAGCCUGAUAUAAUUUUACAGUACAGCAUGGUAUUUUGUCGCAGCAUGUUGCCAAUAUUCGUAUUACUAGCAGUCGUUUCAGCUGUAGUGGCUAUUCCUUCCCCUCCCCUGUCUAAUACAGGGUUAAACAGCUCUAGGACUCUCCACGAGUACCGUGCGUCUUUCAAACACAAGUAUGUGGUGCGCAGUGGCGCAAUCCAUGACAGCAACCCUUCCGAAGCCAGCAUCACUGUGGACGCCACUCAACACGUCAGUGCCACAGCUCAUGAAAAGGCAGCUUUGAUCGUCAGUUUGAUGACCCGUCACAUGCCGUACGACGUGUUCCAUGGCCUGACAAGGUCACAUGGUGUCGGGGUGUUCACUACCAGCGACAAGUUGACAGCCUUCCCAGAGAACGCCAAUCUGGCUGACACAGCGGCUUGCCGUGGCACAUGUUCUGGGAGCUGCUCACAUACGUGCACGUUUGACGGGCGCAAGUACGAAACCCUGGCUGCCCUGUCCAACUCUCGAAGCGUGGUAGUUGACCACAACGUCCUCUGUGACAGCCAUGACGGAUAUCAUCACCAGGAGAAUCUUCUCGUACACGAGUUCGGCCAUCUAACCAUGGCAUACAUGCCCUCUACUUGGAGAAAUAAGAUCAUCGCGGCAUACAAUCACGCCAAAGCCAACCGUCUGUGGACAUUAAACACAUACGCCAUGGCGAACCACGACGAGUACUGGGCAGAAGCCACUUCCUCGUUCUUCAUGUCAAUCAGGAGAACUGAUGUCACAGGAGGGAUGGACAUGUGUGGUACGUCUCAGCCGUGUCCAUCAGAGCAGGCGUCUCGCAACUACAUUCGGCACCAUGACCCUCAACUGUACGCCGCCCUGUCUUACGCCUACACCAACAAUAGCCCUCAAACAGCCAGUCAUCUCAAACCAUGUCAGUAAUUGUCCGGGAAAAACAACUGUCAGAGGAAUUCAAUAAACUGCAUUUCUCCAA